GUUUAAAAAUAAUCACAUCAAUAAUAAAAUAAUCUAUUAUUUAUGACAAAUUACCCACUUAUAUAGGUAGUUAGCUGGUAACGAUGACUUGUACUUUACAACUUUACAUCAUUGUGUAAAUUAAAAACUCUAAAAGCAAAAAGUGAUAAAUAAUAAUAAUCUAUGAGAUAGACAUCUUGUCUGCAACAACAUAACCUGCAUUAAAAAAUAUUUGGGACGUAUUCGAUAACCAUGGCAUCAAAAUUCCUGCCAGAUUUGACAUCUAAAUUGUCUUUAAAUGACAGUGUGUCCAUCCGAAGCUUCUGCAGCUAUUUGGGCAAAGAAAACUUCGUAUUUCGACAACUGUUCGAUUCGGUUAGCAGUACGUACACGUAUUUGUUGGGCGAUGCCGGUACGAAGGAGUGCAUUCUUAUCGACCCUGUUCUCGAGCAGGUCCAGCGGGAUUUUCAACUUGUGCAGGACUUGAAUUUAAAGCUGAAAUAUGCAGUGAACACACAUAUGCAUGCAGACCACAUAACCGGAACUGGAAAAUUAAAAAACCUCUCUGGAUGCAAAUCGGUGAUUUCGAAGUGCAGUGGCGCACAGGCUGACGUUUUCGUUACCGAUGGCGACGAAAUCGAAUUCGGAAACUACAAGUUGAAUGUACUGAGCACCCCUGGACACACCAACGGCUGCUGUUCCUUCUAUCUUAAGGAUUUGGGAAUCGCUUUUACAGGUGACGCCCUACUGAUCCGCGGUUGCGGAAGGACCGACUUCCAGGAAGGCGAUCCGGAAACGCUUUACCAGAGCGUUCACUGCAAGAUUUUCCGGUUGCCGGCCGAGACGCUUUUGUACCCGGCGCACGACUACAAGGGUUGCACUGUCACCACGGUGGACGAGGAGAUGAGACUCAACCCGCGCUUGACCAAGAGCCAAGACGAGUUCGUCGAUCUUAUGAAGAAUUUGAAUUUGAGCUAUCCUAAGCAAAUAGACAAAGCCCUCCCAGCGAACAAAGUAUGUGGUCUGUACAACUUGCCUGAAGAAAGUAAAUAAAAUUAAAAUGAAGUAUAAUAUAUGUAGUAGCUAUAACGUAUUAUUACACAUAAAACUAAUAAACCAUGUUAUUAAAAUUA